AAAGCGACACAUUCGCGGUUUGUCAGUCGGCGGAACCACUCUUCGCUUCACUGAACGCUCUUUACGUUUCUGAUAUACAAUUUUUAAAAAGGGAGUGAUCUUUAAAACAACACCAAUAAGUUUGAAAGACAUUAAUAGCGAAAUGAAGUGCCGGUAUGGAUGGGGCUUCCUCGGAGGUGGCGCCAAUGGCGCAGUUCUGGUCGGACUACUUUGCGGAUUUUUUGUCUGCAACGUCCGCUGUGAUAAGGUGGAAAUAAUAGAGCUUGGCAAUUGGACGAUAACAAAUCAGAAUAGAUCCCUAACCAUUGCCAACCAAACGCUGCCUUCGGGAAUAUACAGUGCUUUUGCGCCCCAAGUGCUGGACUCGUACAACGACGUCGAACUGCGUUAUUUGGCCUACGACAAUUGGACCUACUCGAAUCUCUUUCAAUUCGACGUCCAUCAUUAUAAACGCGGCCACAUCAAUCUGACAUUUUACGGCAUUGAUGCCGUGGCGGAAAUCCGGCUCAACCACCAACUGCUAGGACGGACAGACAACAUGUUUGUGCGAUACUCCUACGAAGUGAGCUCCCUGGUCCAAGCAGAAAACUUUCUGGAGGUUGAGAUCAAGUCUCCCGUACUAGCUGCCUUGGCGAGAGCUAAAUAUUUAAAUAAUGAUAAAAAAAGCGUUCCACCGGAAUGCCCCAACGAGCGCUACCAUGGCGAAUGCCACAUGAACAUGUUGCGGAAGAUGCAGGCUAGCUUCUCCUGGGACUGGGGUCCAGCAGCCCCCUCCGCUGGGAUAUGGAAAAAGGUGCAGCUAGAAAUCUACGAAGUUGCCGUAAUCCGCGACGUGGAUGUGGACGUCAGCCUCAUCAACGGCUCUUAUUGGAACAUGCAUAUUCGCUGCUACUUGGACGCAGUGGGAGAACAGGACUUUAAUGGAAGGCUUAUUCUAUACGCUGUCGAGUUAUUGGACCAUCCGGUGGUCGUAGACAGAAACGCAUUGAAAACCAUCAGUCGUUUGACUCCACUAAUUGAGUUUGAUCAGGCCGUGCCAAUUGAGAAAGUCGUAGUCUGGUGGCCCAAUGGUUACGGUGAGCAGAAACUUUAUCCGCUUCACUUCACUCUGAAGGCCUGGUUGGGUACUGAGGGGCCCGAGGUUCGCUCCAAGACUAAGUCGCACAAGUCCCUCCGAGUGGGCUUUCGCUCCCUUGAAUUGGUCGAAGUUCCCGCUCCAGACGGCAUAGGAAAUACAUUCCUUUUCCGAGUCAAUGGAGUAGAGAUGUUUAUGAAAGGCAGUAACUAUGUACCAUCACAUAUCCUGCCCGAAAUGCAAACGAAGGAACAGAGUAAGUUUAUUUCAAAAACAAAGAUUGUUCACAGGAAAAUCGCAUAGAGAUUGCACACGUCC